AACAAAGUGAUCACCGAAAAUCAAGAAAUCACCGAUGACACUGUUCACAAGAAAUCAAAUAAUGAGGAUGAAUCUAAUGAAUCGGGAGAGAUCGAGGCAGAACCAAUUGAUGUGGGAAAAAAUUAUGAAGAGAUCAGGAGUCUUACAGAGGAUGAAAGGAACAUUCGUGACAAAUUACUUGUAGUUUUAACUGAACAACAAGAAAGAGAUACACAAUCUGGAAAAGACUAUUUGUCAUCAACAUACCUCAACGGAAUCAUAGAUUUCUCUGACGAUGAGACGCGCAAGAGAAUUAAAAAAUUUUUGAAUAAAGAUCAAAUUACAUGGCUUGAAGAAAAAUUUCGGAAAAAAACUUGGGAUCCGACCUCCGAAUAUACACAAUAUAUCAACCAGUUUAUUGAAGAUGUAUGUGACAGAGUCCAGAUCCCAAUUCUCGUUCGUAAGUCCUUUGUUCCAGAGAACACAUUUAAUUCAUACCGUCAUGAAGCACACGAUAUUGCCCAGCAAAUAUUGACGCAUUUCUCCGUCCGCCUGGAAGCACCUAUAAGAGUUGAAUCCAAUAACCUCAACCUUGAAAGAACAUACGCAAUAGACACCACUGUGUACAUUUUAAAUCGAUUGUUCAGAAUGCAUCAGGAUGUAUUGGAUGUCAGAUGGAUCGAGCUGACUACUCCUGACACGAAAAAACACAAAAUUGAUGGAAUUCUAAAGGUGAUCAAAGCAACAGAAAAAGAUCAAGUCUUAGUCAUUGUUGAGUUUUCAUUCGGUAGGAGGGCACCUUUAACGAAAGAAGAUGGUGAUCAGGUCAAACUAUGUCGAAAUUCAAUGCGAAUUUUGAAUAAGAUAUUACAAGGUGUACCUAAGGACAAAGCACGUGUUUAUAUGAUACAAACUGUUAAUGGUCACAUAAUCAUCAAAUACCUAGUUCGUCCCUUACCAUCGAUAUAUAUUCUUCAACAAUUCACACGUAUAAAAAUACCUGUUUCCUUUGACGACUUCGAACAGUUUGCAAAAGAUAUGAUGGACUUGAUGAUAACUGGCUUUUUCUAUUUACAGGCUGAUGUCUUGUCAACAAUUAAAGCAAUAAAUAAAUCCAUAACUAAAGAUAAACAUAUUCAUACAACAUCAGUGCAGGAUACACCAAAGAAAGCGGGAAAAGAAAAUCAAACAUUACCUUCAUCUCCUAAAUCUCCAUGUCCCGGUGGAUCACCCUCAGAAUUACCAUCAUUGAUUUAG